AAGACAACAAUAAUGGGAAUAAUGCAGUGUCGAUAAGGAGAAGAGAAAGACUUCCUCUUCCCCCUUUCUUUCAAAAUCAUUUGACUGGUUGUUGAAACCCUAAAUUUCACACGGGAUGAGCAGAGAGACGCCGCCCGAGCCGCUGGAUUUCUUCAUCUGGACUGUUGAGGAUGUUGGUUUGUGGUUGGAAGAAAUAAAUCUUGGUAGCUAUCGACAAAUUUUCAGAGAAAACGGUGUCAAUGGGGAGUACCUGGAAGGGAUGUCAAUGUUCACGACUGAACAGAUCCUACGAUUUAUAAGAAGAUGCCACAUGAAAUGGGGAGAUUUCAUAACAUUAUGCAAGGAGCUUAGGCGAAUAAAAGUGGCUUGUUUAAAGGGUGAACAGAAAAUACACAGUCCGUGGUGGGCUCCCUCUUGCAUCUCCGUAGUCUUCGUCAAGGCAGCCAAGCGUAACAGGCAGUCAAGAGUGGUUUCCUUAAAACUCGAACCUUGACGUUUGAGGUUUCUCCUGCCGAAUGUAUACUUUUUUGUCUUUGGAUAAUGGAGUAAUUUGUUUGUGUUGUGAUUCUUCUAGGGAGAACUCCCAACUGUUUGGAGCCCAAGCCUCUUUCUUCCUCUCUUUCUCUUAUACAUAGUUCUGUAGUUUUGCUGUCAAAAUCUUCUUGUAACAAAGGUGUGAUCAUCAAAUCAAACCAACAUCAUUAAGGUUAGUUAUAUUGCAUUCCCACUUGAUAGAUAGUGCUUUGUAGUAUAUGCUGUAACAGUCACUGGUUGCUUCUUUCUUUGCUUGACUUUUAGAACAUAAAACAGUGUGUUUACUUUCACUAUUCAAGUUUUCAAUUUUCAUUUUCUGGUAUUUUGUUUUGUUCU